GCGACUGCACUCACCAUUGAUAUGUAAUAAGUUCGUGCAUUUCUUGAGAAUCGAACUCAUAACCUUGGCGUUGCUAGUAAUAUGCGCUACUGUUGGAACUACAGCAACGUGCCCUAGGAACUCUUGGUAUAAAUGUAAACAAAUUGUACCAAAAAAAAAAAGUUGCAUUAGUAUAACAGUUUAUGGCCGUUCGACACGCCCACCAUCUCACGUUAGUUCAGGAGUGAAACCGAGUGGCGUCAAAAAGUUUGAAUAAAGAUGGCAGAAGUUGUGCACAUGAUUGACAGCGAGGUUUUCCUGGCCUUCUCCACAUAUGCAACCAUAGUCGUCCUCAAAAUGAUGCUCAUGAGCCUCAUGACCUCAUACUUUCACUUGACAAAACAGGUUUUUUCAAACUUGGAGGACACCGCCUUAGUGAAGACCACAGAAGACAGGAAGAAGCUGGUCAGGGUGGAUCCGGAUGUGGAAAGAGUGCGACGGUGCCAUCUGAAUGACCUGGAAAACAUUGUUCCCUUUGUGGUGAUUGGUCUUCUGUAUGCACUCACGGGGCCUGAUCUCUCCAUGGCUCUGUUGCACUUCCGGGUGUUUGUGGGGUCACGUUUCAUCCACACGGUGGCCUAUAUGAUGGCUCUGCCCCAGCCUACCAGAGCUCUGGCCUUUGGUGUGGGGCUGUUCAUAACUUUUUCUAUGGCUUACCGGGUGCUCACCACAGCUCUUUUUCUCUAAUGGAUGGCAUUCACUUAAUUUGAAACAAUUUCAUUUUAAUUUACUUGCCUUUUGCAGUCUUGUGUCAAAGAAAAUGCAUCGAGGAACCAAUUAUAAUGCUGUUUUUGUGUCACUUUGUUUUAAUUUGCUCAUUUUUGGUGCAUUUUCUAUUGGCUUUCAGUACCACAGUCCCAUGAAUGCUUUUUAUAGUGUGAAUGAAACUAAAAAUACGGCUUUACACUGCUGAUAAUAUUUAAUGUAGUAAUCUUUAACUCCUGACACACAUUUGAGGAUGAGACUACAGCUUUGACUCGUACUGUACACUAAACAGACAUUUGUUUUUUGUUACUUAUUAAUCACGAUAAGACGUUAAGCAACAACUUUGGAUUGUAUUUAAUAACUUUGGAGUGUCAGUUAUUUAGGCCUAUGUAGGUUUGUGUGCUUUUAACAGUUUCACAGUAGUUGCAAAGACAAGCAAAGGAAAAUAAAGCAUCAAUGAAUGGCAACAGAA